AUGGGGCAGAACAGUGUAUUCAUCGUACCUUCGGAGAACUCGGACGGCAGCGCGGACGAGGCCUGGCUCGACAUAGGCUCUCCCGAGUACAUGGACGAUCUAGACAACCAUGAAGCCCACUGGAUCACCGUACCUCUUACCGUUGAAAUGGAUUUCACCCAUACUGACGAAGAUAUCAUGAGUUAUGUGCUCGAUCAGGUUCGAGCCCGGCAAGCCGAGGUACACCAAACAGCACAGCAUCACGAGGGGGUGAUUUGCAUCUCGAUUCCGGUCCCGGUUGAUUGUGACACGGUUGAUAUGUGGAUUCGGGCCGAGGUCGAUGCUUAUAGGUGGUUCCAAGCGAUUUGUAGUGGGUUGGUUACUCUUAACCGGGAUGUGAUUUUUCGGGAACCCCCAGAAGACUCGGUAUACAUAUAG